UGCAAAGCUAGGCUAGCAAAUACUUGAGCAGGCAGGAGGUUUAGCAAUGGCAAACACCAAGCUUGUAGUCGUGGGCGUGGCCAUCCUUGUAAUCCUGCUGCAGGUGUCGACGUGCGCGGUGGCCCGGCACCACGCCAAGCCGGACCCGUGCGCCAGCGAGGACGACUCCGUGCCGGGCAUGCUGCACAAGCACAAGAAGCCCCACUGCACCUCGCCGGGCCGCAGCGGCGGCGGCGGCGGCGGCACCCCAGGCGUGAUGACGGUGAACGGCUUCCAGAAGGGCCAGGACGGCGGCGGGCCGUCGGAGUGCGACGGCAAGUACCACAGCAACGGCGACAUGAUCGUGGCGCUGUCGACGCGCUGGUACGCGGGCGGACGCCGGUGCGGCAAGAUGAUCCGCAUCACCAGCAAGCACAACGGGCGCACCGUGCAGGCCAAGGUGGUGGACGAGUGCGACUCCAACCACGGCUGCAAGACCAACAUCGUGGACACCUCCGAGGCCGUGUGGAAGGCGCUCGGGCUCGACAGCAACCUCGGCGAGGUGCCGGUGACAUGGUCCGACGCCUGAGGCCAUAUCCGCCGGCCAUGGGUUCCAGGUUGCUCGAAGCCAGUCACGUACGGUGUGCGUGGAAAAGGUCUCUAGCUGCUUCCUGGACCUGGGUACGUACGUAUGUAUACGUUUGAAGUGCGAGUGUCGUUGUCAAUCUCGAUGGGUAGUGCGAGCUUGUCGAGUAGUUACUUCGUUGCAGAAUAAAACUACUACCUCUGUGGAUGGUAGUGCGGGUUUAUCUUGCAUUACUAAUAUCCACGCGUGUGUACGUGUCGGUGUCAGUCUAAGUUUACUAUCGCUGUUU